UAGCUUUUCACUAGGUAGCAUGUUCAAGCUCACCGAAGUAGCUUUUACUUUGCUGAUAUGCUAAAAUUCUGGGGCCAGAGCUAAGGGAAUGCUAAGGGACCUUUUAUGACCCUUGAGGAAUUUUAGAAAAUGAAGUAUUUUGUCUAAAUUGUUUAGAGAUAGUGUACAAUACAAAUGAAGGAUGCCAGACAAGGGAGAUAUAGAUAUAAUUAGCGCGGGACAGAAGAAAAACAAGACUCUAGAUUUUGAUGGUUGUGAAACGGUCAAUUUUGUUUUAGUAAAGUUGGAUAUGAAUUUUCAACAACAACAUCAAAAACUGUCAAGGACAUGGACAACGGAUGUUUGAAAUAUCUUGACUAGGCCAUUACAACUUGAUCCCUGAAGAGUCUCUGUUGCAACAUCUUUCACUUUUUCUUCUAUAUCCAGUUUAUCUUUUGUUGGCAGGGGGCAAUGCUCUGCCAUUACUGUCACGACAAUAUCAACUUUCGCAACAACGGGGUAGAGUGUGACAAAUUAGUGGAGAUGCGAUUGGUGGCCAUUUAUAAAUUGCCCAGGCCCCAGACAAAAGGCCAACUAAUAUCUCCGUAAAUGGAAAAACAAGAUUGCCAAUGACCCAAUCAAGGAGAAAGAUCUUAUUUUAAGACAAUUUUUUUUCUUUAUGCUUGGGCUACCCUCCACUCUUUCGGGCUUUGGCAACUCUCGGCUCCUCUUUGCUUGGGAUAUCCUCUGCUUCUUUAUUUCAGACACACCUUUUGUCCCCUUUUCAUUUAGACGAUCUGUACUGCUUACGCGUAUGUUCAGUGCGAGUCACUCGCAGGAGUGAAAAUGCAUGCAGGUACAUCAUGUGACCAUUUACAAGCUGAAGAUUGUCUCGAAACGCUUGGAUAUCAGAUAGAAUCACUUGGUGACUCAGAUUAAUGAUUCGGAUGUAGCAUGAAUGACUUUCUAAUGCAGACAACUUUUCUGCAGUGGAUUGUUGAAAGCAAUUCAUGGUGACCUAUUCACUUUUCCAUUUAAAGACACCACAACUAAAUGUGUGUAUCUUACUGACUAAGACCACCUGUUUUGAUCUACUAGUACCUUCCAGUUAAGACAUUUGUACUCAAUAUCAAGCCAGUUGCUGAAACGACGUUAUAGGACCAUUUUCCACUAUAUCGUGUUUAAAUGGAAUUCUUCCUGCCUUGGACUUGAGCGGCUAUGGUGCUUGUUAAAGACUGCUUUGGACAGUCUCUUAUUGAGGCUGUCAAGGAGAAUGAUCUGUAUUUGGUGAAAAUGCUCCUGGCUAAAGGUGCACCGGUUGAUGCUAUUGAUGAGUGUGGUUAUACAGCGUUGCAUUGGGCUGCACUUUACGACAGGCCGGAAUGUGCGCAUGCGUUACUAACACACGGAUCCCAGCGACUAGAUGUCGAUGUUCCAGACAAGGAUGGAUACACAGCAUUGCAACUUGGAAUAAAAUUAGGACACAAAGAUAUUACUCAGCUGCUUGUAACAUAUGGGGCUGAAAUCAACGGCAAUCAACAGAAUCUGCCAAGUCCUGUUGAAUUAGCAGAAGAAAAAGGAUUUGGUGAUAUCCUGUUUGUUUUGCAAUCCGCCCAAGAGAAGAGGGAAAAUCUCAGCAUCAAAAUACCAAAAAAAUGGAAAUUAGGACAAUUACUUGGCUGUGGAGGUUUUGGAAAGGUUUUUAUUGGCUAUGAUCUGAUCAGAAACUGUCAAAUUGCCGUGAAAAAAGUCAACACAAAUGGUAAAAGAAGUUCGAUAUCCGCUGAAAUGAAUGCGUUGGAUUCUGAGAUAAAGGUUCUUAGAAAUCUAAGUCAUGUCUCCAUAGUGCAGUAUUAUGGUAUGGAAAUGGUGAAAUCAACUAUGCACAUUUUCAUGGAAUAUUUGCCCGGAGGAUCGAUACGGGAUUAUGUCUUGAAACAUGGAGGAUUGAAGGAGGACAGUGCUAGGCGUUACUGUCAUCAGGUUCUUGAUGGAGUUGCAUACCUCCAUGCCAACAUGAUCGUUCAUAGAGACAUCAAGGGUGCUAAUAUACUUCUUAGUUCGGAUUACAGCAGCGCUAAAUUGGCUGACUUUGGGCUUUCUAAACGACUUCAACGCUGCAGUGCCGCAAGUGGCCUUAGCGCCACUCUUGGUUCGCCAUACUGGAUGGCCCCAGAAGUUAUAAGAGCCUCGCCAACUAAAGGAGAAGGAUAUGGGAGAAAGGCAGAUAUAUGGAGCGUUGGUUGUACAGUCAUUGAAAUGUUAACUGGCAAGCCACCGUGGAGUGACAUGGAACCAAUGUCUGCAGUAUACAACAUUGGAAUCGGAAACAAAUCACCUGAGGUACCAAAAGACCUUUCAGGGAGCCUGAGAGACUUUCUAUCACAGACGUUCAAAAGGGAUCCCAAGAGCCGUCCACUGGCCAAAGAUUUAUUGAAUCAUCCAUUUAUCACAAAUGAAUCAGAGUCAAUCACCAAAAUGGCAAACAAAAGAAUCAGAAGAAGCAUUGAAACAAUGAACCACCAAAUAUCAAGAACACUGGAAAAAGCAAAUCAAGUCAGGGUAGAAAACAGUAAAUUUAUGUUAUUUUUAACAAUCUUAUCAUGUAUGCUAUUGCUAAUCUUUUUAGUAGCAACAUCUAACAGGAUUCUAUACAUUAAAAGCUGUUUUGUCUAAACUUGAGAAACACCAAACUUACAAAUUUUGGCGGACAUGAAGAAUCCGAAUAGGUAUCAUGUUUUGCUAGAUGUCAUAUUCUUAGGAGAGCGUUCUCUGACUCUGUGCGACCUGUAAUUCAUUAAUGCAGUCAAAAAACUCUUCGACGUAUAUGACACGAGGUUAAUCGGAUUAUCCUGACCGGAUUCUUCAGCUUCGGCAAAAUUUCAAUAUUACCCGUAAAUAUAAACGAAGUAGAUAUGACAAACACUAACUUUUUAUAAAUUGUAAUAAUAUUGUCUGAAAUUCUUUUAUGGCUUUCUAUUUCUAAAAAAUAUUUGUACAAGAACUAGUAUUGCUUUAAAGUGUUCUUAUCAAUCAUCGAUAUUUCUGAUAAUUUAAUUUCGAAUAUUUGUUCCAAGGCCUUUCUGCUCGUUAAGUUCGUAAAUGUAGGUAUUACUUAUUUUCAUUAAAGUUUACCUUUUAAACAAUUUUCGUUACAUAUCCUAAAAACUAGCAGAAAAUGUUUUAAAAAAUUUUUUGGUUAUAAAUGCGUAAAUUUAUAGUUGCGAAACUGCUCAAAUGUGAUUAACAUAUGUUUUACCAAGCUGAACUUUUAUUCUUUCAAUACUCUACUUUUAUCAAAUUAAAAAGUUUGGUUAUUAACGUAAUGUUUUAAGUUCCCUAACUGACAACGACUAUUUUCGAGCAUUGUGAUUUUCUUCUUAUUUUCCAAACUUUUCUCAAAUAUGAUAUAAAUUCUUUACGAAACUUUAUUUGAAAAUACAGCAUUUUUGGGAAAUCGAUAACAUGAAAUCGUGAACAUUUUAUCUAAGAAUGUACACCUAGUAGAAUAUGCAUUACCAAUUUCAACGCACUUUAUAAGAAUUUUUUAUAGGAAUCGAGGCACGAAACUGCUAAAAUUUAAGAAUAACUUGAAAAUAAUAGAUAUACUAUAACUUCAUAAAAAAGUAUUUACUAGAGUUUUGAUUGCAAUUUUAAGCUUCAAUAUUAUUUAAUAUUACAGUUACUUUUACGAAAAUUUUAUAUGUGUUAAUCAUAUUAUAUAUUCACGGCUAAAAACUUUUUUCCCUUCUACUAUUGCCUUUAGUGUCGUUAAAGAAUCAU